AUGGGUAAGACACUUUUGUGUCUUGCAACACUGGCUGUGUCUCCAGUUCUUUCGAAGUCACAUUCAAAAUGCUCAGUCGAGAGCCUGCUCAUUCCCAACGGGACUAUCGCCUCAGCCCAGCAUCAUUCUGUCAGGGAUGCCAUCCCCCUUCCCAACACAGUAGUAUCCUGUGGAGGUCCGAGCUUUAAAGCCAACAUUACAGCGGACCUCUGCAGAGUAGUUGUAAAUGUCUCAACAAGCGACUCCAGCUCGGUCCGCAUCGAGGCAUGGCUUCCUGACAACUGGAACAAACGUCUACUGGCCACGGGGACAGGUGGCAUCGGAGGAUGUAUCGAUUUCCCAACUGUCCAAAAUGGAGCUCAACUUGGUUUUGCAAGCUUCGGAACCAACACAGGCCAUGAUGGUGAGCAGGGGUUUGACUUCUUCCUGAACCAGCCAGAGGUUAUCAACGACUUUGGCCAUAGAGGAAUUCACAUCGAGGCGAAGAUUGCAAAGCAAAUCGUGGAGCAAUACUAUGGGAGGAAGGCUUCAAAGAGCUAUUACCAAGGAUGCAGCACAGGCGGCCGUCAAGGCCUACAGAAUGCCCAGCUCUACCCCGAUGACUUUGAUGGAAUUCUCGCUGGAGCUCCAGGCAUCGACUGGCUUCACAUUGUGGCGUCAAAAGGCAUACUGGCUCGACGGAUUGGAUGGCCUGGUCUUUCUUCUGAUGCAUAUGUUCGACCAGAACAAUGGAAGGCGAUUGUGGCAAAACAGAUUGAGCUGCUUGAUCCUCUGGAUGGUGUUGAGGAUGGUAUCAUCGACAACCCGGCUGCACAUGCCUUCGACCCAGUGAUCAUGGCCUGUGGCACUGGUCUACUCAACAGUUCGCUCUGUCUAAAACCCAAGCAAGUAGCGUCUGUCAAAGCUGCAUACGAACCUCUUGCGGACUCAGAGGGCAACAUUGUGUACCCAGGGUUCGCUCUGGGUGCUGAUACAAGCGUCUUCUCCGCCAACCAGAUCAGCGGCACUGCUGAGCUGAACUACAAAGUCUUACAGGACUUCUGGCGUGGUGCUGUAUACAAUGACUCAACUUGGACACCUCACAACUUCACCGUGAAAGACAUGGAUUUUGCCGUCAAGCUUAACCCAGGCGGCGUCAAUGCCGCAGAAGGCGAUCUUCAAAAGUUCUACGCCAAAGGAGGAAAGAUCAUUUCCUACCAUGGUCAAGCUGACCAAACCAUCACGCCCAAAUUGCCAGCUGAGUACUACGCCAAGGUACAAGCCAACCUAAAUGCCACGCUAGAUGAUAUGCACUCCUUCUACCGACUGUUCUUUGUUCCAGGGAUGUAUCACUGCUCAGGAGGUCCUGGUGCAUUCGAUAUCGGCCAGGUAUAUCCGUUGAAGAAGGAUAGACUGACGGCUAAAGAGAAUGUUUUGCUGGCUCUGACGAAGUGGGUUGAGGAGGAUCAAGAACCCGAGACUAUGGUUGGCGCCAAGUUUGGCAGCAGUGAGGCUCCAGGCAAGGCUACAGCACAGCGAACGUAUUGCCCCUACCCGUAUGAGAGCAAAUGGGAUGGAUGUGGAAACACCACCAAGGCCGAUAGUUGGCGCUGCAAGCUUCCUGGAGUAUAA